AUGGCAGAUGAGCGCAAGUCCAUCACGUCGUCGACUUAUUCCGGUUACAGUGGGUCAGGCGAGACCGCCAAGAUUGCUGCCAUGAUUGAAACCAAGCCCUGGGACGAAAACAACUUCUAUCCAGAACAUCCGAGGCGAGGAAGAAACGCGCAGCGAACAAGGCCGAGCGCAACAAGCAGGCCGGAUUUGAGAAAUAGGGAAAAGGACUUAGACUGUCACGGCCUUUUUCUCGACAAAUCCUACAGUGUCAACUCUCCAGUAUCUGGCCACGACGUGCUGAAAUAUGCCGGCGUCCUAUUCGGAGUGAGCAAGCGCAAACAGGGUUUGAAUUUUGUUGAUGAAUAA